UCAUGCAAAAUUACCCUCUAGCUAACUGAUUGGCCCCAACAUUCCACCUCAAAUACUACUGUAAUGCAACAAAAACUCAAACAAACGAAGGCAUGAGCAGCAAGGAAGAAGGUGCAAAAGUGGUGUGUGUGACCGGAGCAUCUGGUUACAUAGCUUCAUGGAUGGUUAAGCUCUUGCUCCACCGUGGCUACACUGUCAAAGCCACCGUUCGUGACCUCAAUGACCCAAAGAAAACCAACCAUUUGCUUGCACUUGAUGGAGCAAAAGAAAGGCUUCAUUUGUUUCAAGCAGACCUGUUGAAAGAUGGUUCGUUUGAUGAUGUCGUUAAUGGUUGCGAUGGCGUUUUUCAUACUGCAUCUCCCUUCUUCAUUCAUACUGAUAACCCACAGGAAGAUCUGAUUGAUCCGGCAGUGAAAGGGACACUAAAUGUUUUGAGUUCAUGUUCUAAGGUUAAAUCCAUUAAAAGGGUGGUCUUGACUUCAUCUGUGGCUGCAGUGUUGUACAAUGGUUCACCAUUGACACCAGAAGUUGUGGUUGAUGAAAGUUGGUUUUCUGAUCAAGGGUUUUGUAAAGAAACAAAGUUGUGGUACCCUCUUUCAAAGACUUUGGCUGAAGAAGCUGCAUGGAAAUAUGUGAAGGAGAAAGCGAUAGACAUGGUUACCAUUAACCCUGCCAUGGUCAUCGGCCCGCUCUUGCAGCCAACGCUCAACACAAGUGCGCGAGCCAUUUUCAACUUGAUCAAUGCAUCAACAUACAGCAACAUCACUGUUGGGUGUGUUCAUGUCAAGGAUGUAGCGAAUGCACAUAUUUUGGCAUUCGAGACGCCUUCUGCAAGUGGAAGAUACUGCAUGGCUGAAAGUGUUGUCCAUUUUUCCGAACUAGUAGAGAUACUACACAAGCUUUAUCCUUCAUUCAAGCUUCCUGAUAAGUGUGCAGAUGAUGAUCCAAUUGUGAAGUAUCAAAUUUCUAAUGAAAAAGUAAGAAGCUUAAUGGGGGUUGACUAUAUACCUCUUGAAGAUGGCAUUAAAGAGACCAUUGAGAGCUUGAAGGAGAAGAAAUAUAUUUAGGUUUCAUCAUCCAUAUAUAUAUAUGAACAUUACAAGCUAAUAUUUGCUAGUAACUAAAUAAUUAUUAGUCGUUAUAUUUCUCUUGUAAGCGUAUGUAUAAGAUGAUAAUAAAUGGUGUUAAAGCUAAUAUUUGCUAGUAACAAAAUAAUUAUUUGUCGUUA